AUGAUAGAAGCUAAACCAUUCUUUUGGAAAAAGUUAGGAAUAAGGAAUAGAUUUUUUUAUCGACCUGAGUUCAGACCUGCUUACGGUGCAGGAUAUCCGGUCAUCGGGGGCUAUGGAAAUGGAAUAGGAUUGGACAACAUUCUCGCUAUAUUCCCCUCGGUCCCCGCCCAGAUCGGUGGUGGGAUCGGCCCUGUACUUGGAGGCGGUUUACCCUGUCCUCAAAUAAACAUGGGUAUAAAUAGUGGGCUAGGACCUGCACCUGGAAUCGGUAUAAAUUCUGGUUUAGACCCAGGAUUUGGAAUGGAAGUGAACAGUGGAUUGGGACAAGGAAUUAAUGUUAAUUAUGGGAUCGGGCCCGCGACAGGAAUGGAUAUCAAUAAUGGCAUAGGACCUGCACCAGGAAUAAACGUUAAUUAUGGAAUUCCUCCUCCGAGUGGAAUGGACGUAAAUUAUGAAGUUGGUCCUGGUCCGGGAAUGGGCAUGAUUAAUGGUAUCGGUCCUGCACCUGGAAUGGAUGUUAAUACUGUUAUUUGUCCUGAAAGUGAUAAUGCGGGCAAGGGUCCUGUAAUUGACACGGCUGGUAAUAAUGGAUUGAAUCCUGCGACCGGCUCUAAUAAUAAUGGGGCACCUGGGGCUGGAGCGGGUAUUAAUUUUGGAAUGCGCCCUAAUGCAGGCAUGAUUGUUAAUAGUAACAAUGGAAAUGUGCCUAAUAUUGGAAUUGGUGCGAAUGCUGGAGUUCGACCUAAUGCUGGUAUGGGUUUUAAUAUGAAUCAAGGAAAUACACCUAACACUGGAAUAGGUGUCAAUGCUGGCUUGGGCGUUAAUACUAAUCAUGGAAAUGUACCUGCUGCUGGAAUUGCUGUAAAUGCUGGCAUGGGUGUUAACAGUAAUAAUGGAAAUGCACCUGCUGCUGGAAUGGCUGUAAAUGCUGGCAUGGGUGUUAACAGUAAUAACGGAAAUGCACCUACUGCUGGGAUGGCUAUUGUCACGAACACAGCGUCAGCAAAGUCGUGGGCGAGAGACAUUAUUAAAACAAUUACUGGGAGUAAAUAG